AUAGCAUUUAGACAGCUUUGGUGGUUGUUGGGGGAAAGUACUGUAGAAUCUUCAUGUCCUUACCUUGAAUUUUGAAAGUGAUAUAAGCACCCAAGGAUGUAUAAAGAGAUAUUUCUUUUGUUACUCCUAUCAGGUUAUGUUUUCUCACAGAGUCCAUCAGGAGCAAUUUCUACUACUAGCAAGAAGGAAAGUGCAGCUUAUCCUGAUAGAAACCUCACCUCCCCAGAUUAUUUGCUCUCACAUAGCCCAUCAGGAGCAACUUCUAAUACUAAAACAACAGGUGUACAAGUUUCUACUGCUAUGGCCCAAACCACGCCAGGACGAAGAGAACAGAUGACCCACAUUUUCUCUGAACCAGGGAUAAUAGGCAUUAUUUUUGGGGUGAUGGUUGGUAUUGUUGGAACUGUCCUCUCCAUUGCUUACUGUGUUAGGUUCCUGAUAAAGAGAACGUCAGUUAAAGCAAAACCUCAAUCGUCAAUUGAUGCAGACGCUGCUUAAAUUCUGUUCAAACAAGAAAUCCAGUAACCAGUGAUAACCUGCUCACUUCGCCAAAUUUUGGAAGAACUCUAAGAAGACAGGAAGACUUCAGUCAAGUGAAACAUGAACGUGUAAAUUAGACAUGCUAAUAAACUUUAUAACUGCCUAAGUUGUACAAUUUCAGGGUGCAAAUAUCAUCAUAAUGAGUUCGAAUGAAUAAGCAAUGGAAAAAUGUGUCUGCUUAUUUAUAUUUCAGGAUAAAAAACACAAAUAUUUCCUUGCAGGCUUGCUUUUGUGUGUUAGCACAAUUUUUAUAAUUCUUUAAUUGGAAAUUGUAACCCAAAACUGCAUUUAGUUCCACCCGUAGUUCUUUAAGACUGAUUUAUUCUAUUCUGUUGUAUUUUCUUGAUUGUACUUAGAUGAACUCUAACUUCACUUCUCAUUUUGAACUUUGGAGUCUGUUUUCAUUUUCUUCUAAAUAAAUUAAGGGGACCCUGAAGUCCUGUUGUUUUUUUCAUUGCUGAAGAGGCA